UUUUUUUGUUUAUUCCGAUUGGUGGUUUGUCUCGUCUUUCACAUCUCCAUUGGCUCACAGCACAUCUCUUUCUUUCUUUUUCUAGUCCUUUCGCAUCUUUCGCAAAGUGUACUCCUUUCUUCUUCACAGAAAAAUUCAAUUUCCUUAUUCGUUCCUCUUUUGCCUCAAUCGAGGGCUUAACCUUUGCUGAUCCUUGUUUGGUUUCCGAGAAUCAACCAUGACUCGCGGUAACCAGAGAGACCGAGAUCGCGAAAGGGCUCAAGCCAGAUCUACCAACAAAGGCAACAGUGCCAAGGACGAUGGUUUAACCCCUGAACAACGCCGUGAAAGAGAUGCAAAGGCCUUGCAAGAAAAGGCGGCAAAGAAGGCGGCACAGGCGGCGGCUGGAGGAAACACUGCGGGCGGUGGUGGUGGAAGUAAAAACAAGAAAUAAUGAUGUAAUAAUGGUGAGAUGAUUUAGCGUGGAGGGUAAAGAUAGUGUUAUCAAUUAUUAUGUUGAUUGGGGAAUCAGAUCUUUGGGUUUCUUGUUUGUUUUCUGAGUCUUUGCCUAUGUCGUUUUAAAGUUAAAAAACUAUUGAGGUGCUUGCUUAAUUGGCAUUGAUGUUGACUCUUAAAUGUUCUAUCUGAUUUGGAAUGGAAUUGAUUUCCUAUGUAGCAUUAUACAAUUCAUGUUUAAUUUUUUUUUAACUGUAAUUAUCGAUUCCCCGUUAAUCAAACCCCUUUCUGUUUUGAUCA